AUGGCCUCCUCCGCCGCCAUCAUCUCGGCCGACGACGCGCUCGAGCCGUCGCUGCAGUCGCUGCUCGACCAGCGCUCGCUGCGCUGGAUCUUUGUGGGCGGCAAGGGCGGCGUGGGCAAGACGACGACGUCGUGCUCGCUCGCCAUCCAGCUCGCCAAGGUCCGCCGCUCCGUGCUGCUCAUCUCGACCGACCCCGCCCACAACCUGUCCGACGCCUUUGCGCAAAAGUUUGGCAAGGAGGCCCGUCUCGUCCACGGCUUCGACAACCUCAGCGCCAUGGAGAUUGACCCCAACGGCAGCAUGCAGGACCUGCUGGCCGGCCAGGCCGAGCACGACGACGUCAACGCCAACAUGGCCGCCGGCAUGGGCGGCAUGAUGCAGGAUCUGGCCUUUGCUAUCCCUGGCAUCGACGAGGCCAUGUCCUUUGCCGAGGUCCUCAAGCAGGUCAAGUCCCUCUCGUACGAGACCAUCGUCUUCGACACGGCGCCCACCGGCCACACGCUGCGCUUCCUCCAGUUCCCCACGGUCCUCGAAAAGGCGCUCGCCAAGGUCUCCCAGCUCUCCUCGCAGUACGGCCCGCUGCUCAGCGGCUUCCUGGGCGCCGGCGGCCAGCUGCCCAACGGCCAGAGCCUCACCGACAUGAUGGAGAAGCUCGAGUCCCUGCGCGAGACCAUCUCCGAGGUCAACACCCAGUUCAAGGACCCGGACCUCACCACCUUUGUCUGCGUCUGCAUCGCCGAGUUCCUCAGCCUCUACGAGACGGAGCGCAUGAUCCAGGAGCUCACCGGCUACGGCAUCGACACCCACACCAUUGUCGUCAACCAGCUGCUCUUCCCCAAGCCCGGCUCCGGCUGCGACCAGUGCACCGCCCGCCGCAAGAUGCAGACAAAGUACCUCGACCAGUACGAGGAGCUCUACGCAGAGGACUUCAACGUCGUCAAGAUGCCGCUGCUCGUCGAGGAAGUCCGCGGCAAGGAAAAGCUGGAACGAUUUAGCGACAUGCUCGUCCAUCCCUAUGUUCCGCCUCAGUAG